UCAUGCUGCUGCCAAGUCCAGAGUCUCUCAUGGGUCCCUGUACGGCCUCCCAUUGCUGCUGUCUCCAUCGCCACACUCUGCCAUGUGCCACUUUCAGGUCUCCUCACACACUGCUGGUGUGUUGAAUUUUUUGACAUAGGGUGCUGGCAGAUUACGGGCCUCCCAUAGCUGCUGCCAGGCCCCUAAUCUGCCAUGGGCCCCUUAUAUACCGCCUCCUCAUGCUGCUGCCAGGUCCAGAGUCUCUCAUGGGUCCCUGUACGGCCUCCCAUUGCUGCUGUCUCCAUCGCCACACUCUGCCAUGUGCCACUUUCAGGUCUCCUCACACUGCUGGUGUGUUGAAUUUUUUGAC